AUGAAUCAAGGCACUUGCAUACGCGAAAACAAUGUUUUUCGUUGUGUUUGUCCAUCAGAAUAUUCAGGAAGUCGAUGUGAAAUUCAUGAUCUAUGCCAAAGUAAUCCUUGUAUGAAUGGAGGAACAUGCCGAUCUGUAAGUGAAAAUGCCGGUUAUCAAUGUAUUUGCUCACCUCGUUAUACAGGUUCACGCUGUGAAACAAGAGAUUAUUGUACACCGAACCCAUGUGCUAAUGCUGUACGACCAUUACGUGCAAGUGUGGUUGAUAUUCAUCCGAAUGCAACAUGGUCAAAGAAUGGUAUUACUGUUGCUGGAGGAAAUGGAUAUGGCAGUGGAACCAAUCAACUCAAUCACCCAUGGAGUUUGUACGUCGACGAUGAUGAAACAAUUUAUGUUGCUGAUCACGGGAAUCACCGUAUCGUGGAAUGGAAAUCUGGUGCAACGAAUGGCACAGUAGUUGCUGGUGGAAAUGGACAAGGAGUAGUUCGAUGGUCUGGUCGAAAUGGUACUCAUGGAGAAACAAUUAUUUCAAAUAUCGAGUGCUUCGGUUUGGCAAUGGACGACAAUGGUUAUCUCUAUGUGGUUGACUAUAGAGAACAUGAAGUAAAACGAUAUAAAAUUGGUGAGACUAAAAGAACAGUAGUUGCAGGUGGCAAUGAACAAGGAAAUCGUCUCGAUCAACUCUCUUAUCCCUACUAUGUAUUUGUCGAUCGAGAUCAUUCAGUUUAUGUGUCUGAUUGGGGAAAUAAUCGUUUAAUGAAAUGGGAAGAAGGUGUCACACAAGGCAUUGUUGUAGCCGGUGGUCAAGGAAAAGGGAACAGUCUUUCACAACUGAAUGCUUCUCGUGGAGUUGUUGUCGAUCAAUUGGGUACUGUCUAUGUGGCUGAUAAACAGAAUCAUCGAGUCACGCGUUGGCCAAAAGGAGCCAGACAAGGAAGUGUCAUUAUUGGUGGAAACGGUAAAGGAUCACAGUCAAAUCAACUCAAUCAGCCCAUGGGUUUAUCAUUCGCUCGACAUGGCAAUCUCUAUGUUGUCGAUUGGUUAAAUCAUCGAGUACAAAAAUUCAAUAUUGAACAAACUCAAUUCUUAUGA